AUUAAAGAUCAUGCAACCACGAGAUGAUGACGACAAAGCUCAACACACGGAUGGAACGUAUUUAAUGAAUGGUCAUGCACCGAACAACAACAUCACAUGUGAUUGUUGAGGCAAACUUUUCAUUUGAAUAUUCUCAUUCAACAAAUCACAUCAUGGCAUCGAAUCAACUUUUUGGUAAUUUAUUUCGAAUUUGUUCCAAACAUCCAUUAUCAUCAUCAUCAUCAUCAUCGAUACCAUCAUUGAUUGUAUGCAGACAAUUUCGUAAAAAUGCAUUUAAACCAUGGCUGAAAACGUCGUUACCUGAAUCGGUAAAAUCCGAUGAUCCAAUUGUUUUAUCGGCACGAAAAUCGUUCGGUAAAACAAUCAUACCGGAAGAAUUAUCCGAGUUACGUUUUGCAUAUCCAGAAUUUCUACCCGUCGCUAUUGCUGAAUUUCGAAAUCCAAUAUUAGAAAUGAUUGUGCGUGAAGAUAUGAUUAAACGUCGUAUGAUGAUUGAUAUACCAGAAUUUUAUGUUGGUUCAAUUAUGGCCGUUACAAUAACCGAUCAUUGGGCAUCGGGUAAACUAAGUAAAUUCGUUGGUAUCUGUAUCGAACGUAAUGGUCAAGGGACAUUUGCUAAUUUCACUCUACGUAAUCGUGUCGAUGGCCAAGGUGUAGAAAUUCGUUAUGAUCUCUAUAAUCCAGUUAUACAAGAGAUACAAGUGUUAAAAUUGGAAAAACGAAUAGAUGAUCAUUUGCUAUACUUGCGUGAUGCAUUACCAAAAUAUAGUGAAAUACCAUUCGAUAUGGCACCAGAACCGCCACGUAAAUCAGGUGAACCAGUACCAUUGAAUCCGAUACAGGUAGAAAUGAAACCAUGGCCAUGGACAAGAAAAUGGGAAUACUAUGAUUUGAAAGGUGUUAAAAAACUACCAAAUAUGCCUGAUUAUAAUUAUAUAAAUAGAUGGAAACAUCAAAAUGAAUUGGAACGUUUCGAUUUGAUGGCUGAAUAUCGUGCCCAUGUGCCAGAAGAACAACAAUUAACAAUAUGGCAACAAGUACAACAACAUCAAACUAGUGUGAAAAAACGAAGUGAAAUUGAACGCCGUCGUAAAUUGAUUAAAUAGAUAAAUUAUUAUAUUUGAUAUAUGAUAAUAAAAUAUUUUCUGAUGAAA